AUGGACGCAGUGGACUCAGGAAACACCUCCGAGGUGGAGGACCACUCCAAGACCUUGGGCUCCGAUGCGCGCUCGCUAACCCCAACCGCCGACGACGCAGGCAGCGUCCUGCAGCCGCAGAGCGACUGCGGCAUCGGCCAUCGUGUCCUGGCCAGCCGCUCGGUCCUCGCCCUUGUCAUCGACGAAGAGUGCGUCUUUGCAGGUUUGCAGGGAGGUGACAUCGUGGCCUGGUCGCUCGAGACGUACGACCUCGUCUUGUCAGUCCAUGCACACAAAGAGAGUGUAUUGGGCUUGUAUCUGUCCGAUGAUGGCAACCUGCUUUUCUCCAGCGGAGGUGACUCUAUAAUCAAUGUCUGGUCAACAAGGACAUUUGAGCGUCUAUAUUCGAUAUACCCGCACCAUGACGUGGGAGAUAUCUUUACCGUGGUCUACUCGGCCAACAACCAAACGUUGUACUGCGGUGCCCAGAAUACCAGCAUCCAAUGGUGUGAUCUGUCUGAAGAGGGCGCAACUCUCAAUCAUGCGUCGACUGCGCAUCCAUCAAAGCGUGCACAUCGCUUCUUUGACUCUCGGGGCCCUGAUGGCACUCGAGCCCCACGACCACCUGAUGGCGCCCAUUCGGUAUCAGAGGGCGGUCGUAUCCUGACUUUCAAGCGAGAUCAUCACAAGCUGUUCGCUCACCAUGGCUACGUGUAUUCUAUGCUGCUAGUAAAGGGCUUGAUUGAGUCGGCGCCGUCUGAAGAGGCUCUGUUGACUGGCUCUGGCGAUGGCGCAGUGAAACUGUGGCGUCUUGGUCACACCCCCGGAGCAGCCCCGACACAAAUGGCGAAGCUCCAGAAUGGCGAUCCUGUUCUCUCCAUUGCAGUGGAAGGUUCGCUCCUCUACUGUGGUCUUGCCGGUGGUGCUUUGAAUAUCUGGAAUCUCGACUCCCAACAACUUGUCAAGCGAAUUGCCCGACAUACCGGUGACCUGUGGGCAGUCCAUGUUAUUCAGGGUGUGGCGAUUUGCGGUGACUCCACCGGAGUGGUCAAGAAAUUCAACUCGCGUUUCGAGGAAGUUGGUAGCUGGACUGCCCAUGAAGGCACGAUGCUGGCAUCGGCUGCUGGCCGAUUCAAGGAUCGCCAUAUCUAUGCUACCGGAGGCAACGACAACACGGUCGGAAUUUGGGAUCUCACAGAGUUCUUCUUGACUCAAGAGGAACUGCCACCCAUCAGUAACGACGAAAUGGUUAACAGCCUGGCCAAGUUCGUAUCAUUCAAGACCGUCUCUGCAAGCCCCAAGUUUGCUGGCGAGUGCAACCAGGGCGCUGCAUUUCUUCGUCGGCACUGCAACUAUCUCGGGGCGAAGACUAAACUCCUGACCACUGGCGAAGAUACCAAUCCCAUCGUAUAUGCCCGAUUCGAUGCAACCUCGACCGACAAAGUUGAUAAGACCAUCCUAUUCUAUGGCCACUACGAUGUGGUUGGUGCGGAUGUGAGCAGACCCAAGUGGAAAACAGACCCAUAUCAGCUCACGUCGAUCAAUGGAUUCCUCUACGGUCGUGGCGUAUCGGAUAACAAGGGUCCCAUCCUGGCCUCUCUUUAUGCCGCCGCUGAUCUCGCCCGGACGAAGUCUCUCCGCUGCAAUGUGGUAUUCCUCAUCGAAGGUGAAGAAGAAUCAGGCUCUCAAGGUUUCCACCAGACGGUGCGGGAACAUAAGGAGCAAAUCGGGUCCGUCGACUGGAUUCUUCUUGCCAACAGUUAUUGGUUGGACGACUAUAACCCUUGCUUGACAUACGGACUUCGAGGAGUGGUUCAUGCUAAUCUGGUCGUCACGAGUGAUCACCCUGAUCUGCACAGUGGUAUCGACGGUAGCGCCUUGCUGGACGAGCCUGUCAAGGACCUUUCGAUCCUGGUGUCAACAUUGGUUGGGCGAAAGGGUAAAAUCAAUCUACCUGGCUUCCAUGAACCCGUUCGUCCCCUCUCGGACGCCGAGGAGAAGCGAUUCGAGGCUAUUGCAGACGUCCUUUUGCCUCAUCACCCUGAAAUCCCGAGCAGCCAGGCACUGAUCGAAUCGCUCACGUAUCGUUGGCGCGAACCUUCAUUGACUAUUCAUUCGAUGGAAGUUCCAGGAAGCAAGAGCGGGACAACCACAAUCGCUCGACGAGCCAAGGCCAGCCUGUCGAUCCGCAUUGUCCCUGACCAGCAAGCCGAUGAAGUUGCUGCAAACUUGACUGCCUUUGCGCAGGAGCAGUUUGAUCUUCUCGAAUCGCAGAACGAUCUCACCGUUGAGAUCACUGGCAAAUCAGAUGCCUGGCUCGGAGACCCAGACAACGAGAUCUUCGCGACGCUCUCCGAAGCCAUUACCGCUGCCUGGACACCGGACCAGCAAAUUUCGAAGCACCGGUACCCGCCCAUCCCCCAGGUCACCAAUACUAACGGCCACGCGACCCUGAUCAACAAGCCCUCGGCUGGUUCAACCCUCCUUCGCAAAGACUCCUCCGACAGUCUCGCCUCCCACGUUGAACGCGUAAUCACCUCGACCACCACUUCUUCCGCGGGGAAAGCCGCAGCACGCAAGCGCUCCGCACAGCAGACCGCUACCGUGCCGACCUCGUCCACGCUAACUCAAGCCGCGGCCGGGUCACCCGAUGAUUCGCUUGCUCUCCCAGUCCGAACGAAAUCGGAGGCCUACAGCGGAGAUCCAGAUCAGGAAACUCAGCCCCCAAAGCGCCAGUCCGCUUAUGUCAAGCCCAUUUUCAUUCGCGAGGGAGGGUCUAUCCCGACUAUCCGAUUCCUCGAAAAAGUGUUUUCUGCGCCCGCCGCCAAUCUGCCUUGCGGCCAGGCUAGUGACAACGCCCACCUGGAUAAUGAGCGAAUGAGGGUUGAAAAUCUGUACAAGAGUCGGGAGAUCUUUCGUUACGUAUUUGCGCAUUUGUUGGACAAAAUCUGA